AUGGCUCCCGAUCCAACUUGUCAACAAUGUAACGGGCAGUUUGUCGAAGAGCUCCAAGCGGAUGACGACCCUCGAGAAUUUUUAGCCGGAGCAGAUAACCAUGGACAUAACAUGGAAGGAGGAAACAUACAUUUACCAGACGGCGGAGCUGCCCACAUUUUCUCUUAUUCACCCUCCACAGGAAGGUUCAAUAAUGUACACGGUAAUAGCAACGGUGAAAUGGGAGAUGAUAUAUUUCAGUAUUUCACUCCUCGUAAUACGACUGCUAAUAACACAACGGAUGAUCCUGAAAGAUCAUCAACAGAAACUGGUGGUGGUGGUGCCAACAACGCUUCCCCUUUGGGUAAUAUCGUACAAAAUCUGCUGACCAAUAUUUUGGGUCAAAAUGUUGAUAUAAACGGACAGAUGGCCAACGCGGCAGCUGAAGGGGGAACGCCAGGCACAGAUCCAACUAGACCAAUGAUGUUUUAUGGCAGUGUCGUGGAUGGUAAUAUGAGAUUUCAACCUAUGCCUGGUAUGCCUGGUGCCAUGCCAGGCGCAAUGCCGACGGAUGGUGAUAACGACGGAGCAAAUAAUGAAAGAGGUUCAACCGAGGAAGGUGCUGCAGGAACAGGAGCUGCUGGCGCCAGAGGAAAUAACAUUGCAGGGUACUGUAAAUAUUUACAAUUUUGA